AUGAAGAAGAAUGAAAAUGACGCAGAAAGUAAUGAUGGUUCAACAGGAGAACAAAUUGUAUUAAUUUCAAAGUCAGGAGGUGGUCAUCAAGUUGACAGAAACAUGCUUCUUCGGACCAGUGGUUAUUUCCAUGGUUUGGCGAACAGUGGAAUGAGAGAUGCCCAUUAUAGAGAGCUUACUUUGGAAUGUUUAACAGAUGAAUCCUUAAUAGAAGUAAAAGAUUAUUUAUCAAAGUUGUCAACCAACGUGAUGGAAAACGGAGGUCCUCACCUGAAGUCGUUGAAUGAAGUGGAAGCAGGGUUGGAUGGCGCCUUCUAUCUAUUAAUCAAUGAUAUGAUUGAUGGUUACAUUGAAUUGUUGCUGAAACAUUUGGACGAGUCAACAUGUAUUCGUGUCUUGGACAUUGCAAACAAGCACGUUUUAAUUAACCAGGUGGUCAAAAAAGUUAUCAAAUACAUGUCGAAAAAUUUUAAAGAAAUCUCGGAAAGAUCCAAAACAUUAUUAUCACCUGACGAAAUGUUUUACUUGGUUGCAUCGGAGGAAAUAAAUGCAGACAGUGAGAUUGAAAUUUUUAAUCUGAUAAUCAAGUGGAUUUCGGAGGAUCAGUCGAGAAAAUGUUUUGCUGAAAAAUUGUUGACCGAAGUGAGGUACAAUCUGAUGACAACCAAUGAAAAACAAAAAUACACUGCCAUACUUCAUGAUUUGAAUUUAAAUAUUAGCUGUAGUAAAGAUAAAGAUUCAAAUAUUUCUCGUACAGUUGGUAUGCUCUUUGUGAUUGGAUCAACUGAAAAAAAGCAUCAGGCUAAAAGCUUUUUUAAUAUUCUGCCAGUUUAUGAUUUUGUUGAAGCUAGCACGAUCAGUGGUGACGGCACUGAACCAUCUCCAAUUAAAUUCAAACCAUCAAGAAGAAAGCAACCGCCAUUUGAUUCGUUUUGUUAUACUGCCUGUGUGGUUGACAACUGUUUGUAUCUGAUCAGAGAAGAAACCCGUAAUAAUAUGAUCUCUCGUGAAAGUUUUGUGUACAAUCCGGUUGAUGCAGUCUGGUCUAAGUGUCCCAACAUGCAUCUUCCGAGGCGUGAUUUCUAUUUGGGAGGACUAUCUGGCCAUCUAUAUGCAGUUUCGGGAAGAACUCGCCACGGCUUAACUCCAACAGUGGAAAAAUACGUACCGAGUGAAAACCGAUGGUACAUGGUGGAACCUAUACCUCUUGCUGUGACAUCUCUCGCAGGUUGUGUGUGCAAUGGUAUGAUGUUUGUUAGUGGCGGGGCUGAUGAAGAAUUCUUUGCACAGAAUCAGGUGUACCGGUAUGACCCUUCUUGCAACAAAUGGUUCUCGAGGGCUCCCAUGUUAACGGCUCGUUUCUCCCACGUUAUGACAUGCACGGAAAAUAAGAUUUUUGUCGUUGGAGGUAAAACUGAGGCAUAUGAAUCAGAGCCAUUUGAUUUCCUUAAAGAAGAAAUAAUGGAUGGAGAGAUGUAUGAUGUGGAGAGUGAUCAGUGGUCAUCUGUGUUGAAGCUGAAGUUACCUGUGUGUGACUUACCAUCCAUCACCAUCAACAACUUCCUCUACAUAUUUCAUGAUACUUCAUGCUUGUUAAUAAAACUUAAUUUGGGCAAAUACUUAAAGGAGAAGAAAACAUCAAAUGUAUCAAGUUCAUUAUCAGUGCAAGACAGGAAUGCUAACAAUAAUAAUGAUAAUCUUGUGACGAAUGAAGCAAUGGAACAGAAUUCUCCUUGCGUUGGUGCUCAUCCUGAUGAUGAUUGCCAAAUUUUGACAUUCAUGAAUCACAAUGGCAAAACUUGGUUUGAUUGUAGAUACUUUGGUGUCAUGCUUAUGUCGGAUGUUUGA